AUGCAUUUGAUGCUCGUAGACAAGCUUGUUCACUGUGGCAAGACUCAGCAAUGGGCGAGGGAAAUUAAGCAGCAACUUCGUUUGUCGAAGCAGUACCUAAAGGGCGACUACAAGGUGGGUGCAUAUUUUAUAAUUAUGCGUUGCCUUUUCAGAAGUGAUGUAGUAAACUUCAUAUUACGAUUCACGGCUACCUCUUUCUUUCUCUCCAAGUCUUCUUUAUACUUAAUUUAUGAAACAGCAGUUUACAAUUCACUGUAAUAAGCUUACACACAUGUAUACAAUGCUGAGAAUCGGUUAAGUAAUCUUUUUGAAAUGUCGAUCAUAUGUGCAUGCGUUGCUUUGCAACUAUACACUGAAUCACGCGCUUGUCAUUUUACUUUUUAUCUUAGGUAUGUGCAGGAGGCCUCAGAGGUUCCCGAUCAUUGUCGAAUUUACGCGCCAAAUGACCCAAGCAAUGCUGAAUUUCGUGGCUCCUGCGACCAUCUCCACAAUGAGUCUUGUGAACAGUGUUAUGACUUACAGGAAGUAUUGCGUACCAUAAAAGAUGAGUGUUCAAGUGCGCUCUCGUCAGCAGAAGAUCAAGCUGACAUGCUGCAUACCAUCAAACAGGCAAGGGAUGAUAUCAUUAGCUGGAAAGCUCAUCAGCUACGUUCAGUCCACCAAGCUGAGGCGAAGCAUUCAGUUUUAGCCAAACUCGACAGCCGAUCGGUGCUGUUAGUCCAGGACUAGGCAAUGAAUUAUAUGCUUCGAAAUAUCGAGAGACACAGUCAGAUUGGUUUGCGAAGCGAAGAUUGCCAUGGCACAUUGUUGUUGCCAUAAGACGGUCAGAGGAUUCUGAGCACUUUGAAUCGCAGACACUUGUUCACGUAUUUCAAAGCUGCGCCCAAGACAGUGUGACUGUGGCUUCGAUAAUGCUUGACUGCCUCACUACCCUGAAAAAGGAAAUUCCAGAGCUGGAAAUGGCUUAUUACAAACAAGAUAACGCUGGCUGGAAAGGGGGUAUGUGA